AUGCAUUGGCGCGUUUCUUUGUCAGCGCUCUCUCUCGCUGCUGGGGCAUUCGCUAAGCACUAUGCCAUUAUGGACAACGAUUGGUAUACCGCCGGAUUCGUGCCUUAUCUGAUCGCUCUGGACGGAGAUAUUGACGUUCUAGCCUUAGCCUCGGAUACCGCCAACAGCUGGCAGCCACAGGUAGCACUACACGCCGUUGCUACACUCGAAGCCGGCAAUUUGAGCUGCAUUCCCGUCUAUCCAGGCGCCACAUGGCCUUUGAUCAACACUCCCGAGCGCUUCCAAGCAUGGGAAACUACCCACGGCAAACUGCCUUGGGAGGGUGCAUUUGCACCGGAGAAUGCGACUGCUGAAGCUGCGGGCAAUGAUCCUACUUCGGGAGAUCCCAACCGUAUUGUCAAGGCCGCCUUCAAGGAAGGGUUCCCCAAGGGCAGGCCCAAUAACUCGACCUCUGCUGCAAACUUUAUGGUUGAGAUGGUGCACAAGUAUCCUGGUCAGGUUUCUAUUUAUUCCGCCGGUGCCUUGACAAAUGUCGCAUUGGCUGUGCGCAUGGACCCCGAAUUUGCCUCGCUUGCUAAGCAGCUUGUCAUUAUGGGCGGAUACGUUGAUUUGAACAUGCUCGAGGCUACUGGCAGUAUUAUGUUGGCUGAUUACCAGUCAGAUAUCAACCUCAUGAUCGAUCCUGAGGCUUCCAAGAUUGCAUUGACAGCCGAUUUCCCCAACAUUACCAUCGCCGGCAAUGUGGCCAACCAAGUGUUCCCUACUCAAAAGUUUGUUGACGAGGUCAAGACUGCCGACAAUGCCUACGCUCAGCUCUUUGCCAAGUACUACGACCUCUCUUUCCCCUUCUGGGAUGAGACCGCGGCAGCUCUGAUGGUUGAUCCCACAAUCGCCACUAAUCAGACAUCUGUUUACCUCGAUGUUGAUACCAGCUAUGGUAGCCCCAACUACGGUAACAUCCACGUUUACCAGAAAGCUCUUGCUCCCGGUGGCAUUCGUGAGGUCAACUAUGUUUUCGAGGUUGAUGCCAAGAGACUCACUGAGCGGAUUAAGCACUCCUUGAUGCACCCCAAGGCCUGUGCCGACCUCGAGUGA